CACAACAGUUCAAAUCAUUGUACAGAGUGUUGUACGUAGCUUUCGUAUGUAGAUUCUGAAAUGUUCCAUCGCCUUUGGCUGUAAACAAAAAGGGUACAGGAUGGAGGAGAUGUUUCUACGAAUGUGUGUGGUCUUAGUCAGUCUGUUAUGCCUGGAUGAUUACACAGUCAUUGAGAAGCUAGAUGAUGACAUCACCAUGGGCAUGCAAGAGCGGAAGCAUUUUCUACAGGAGGGAGCCAAACUGGAACAGCGAGUGCCCUCUGUUGCCAUAGAGCUACCACAUUCAGUUCAGGAAGUGUCGCAAAGCCAUCACACACUGACAAAGGAGUCAGAUGUUCAAGAAAUCCUGCCAAAUGGCAAAGAACAGACACAAGAACACCAAAUGCCACCAAAGGAAGACCAGGAUAUUUUGUACCAGAAGCUGAUGGUAGAGAACAAUCUGGAUAACUCACAGACUGAAAAAACAGCUCCUCUCUCAGAUGACAAUGUAUCGGAACAGGCCCAAAAUAUAAAUCACACAGCUUCUCUACUAGACCAGAAUCUCUCUUCCAUGGAAAUGGCAAUGUCAGAAACUGAACAUGCUGGACAGGAGGAAACCAUGCACAUCCUGACAAAAGAAAAUAAAAUAGUAAGUCCUGAAAAACAAGUGACACUUGACAAGAAGGAAUUCCCACACAUUGUUCAGGAUGUGAACACACUAAAUGAAAACCAAAUUCAAGAAAUACCUCCUUUAAGUAACAAAACUCACAGUGAUCAAAAGGAUACCAAUUUAGGCCAAAAGCAGACUGCUGUGAAACAAAAGACUUCCAAAGAAGGCAAGCCAUUUUUUCAAAAGAUCUAUGAAUUCCUAUACCAAUGGUCUCAAACCUCACCAGACAUGCAUCCAUCUGAAUAUGAAUUGUUAAAAGACAGCAAAGGGUCACAAAUGCAGAUGAAUGGAAGGACAGUCAAGGUGAUUCAGAAAGAGGCCCCACUUAACGGGAGAAAAUCUGGGGUUUAUCGAGGAGGACCCCUGGAUUCUCAGGAGACACCACAAACAGGCCAAGUACAGACCAAGUCUAUGCAACACCCUGGGUCAGAGAAUGCUUAUACUUGGUAUUUGUGGAAAGCCCUUUCCCUGAUCUCAUUGAUCCGUAUUCUAUGGAAAUUCUUUGGCAGAGGCUUGAAAACUUCAGGAACCAUUUUUCCCACCAUAGACAACAAGAAAUUCCCAAAACUAUUUCUUCCUGACCAUGAUGUUUUAAGUUGCUUUUAUGAACAGCAUGUCCAAAUCCCUCCAAACAUAGGCAGGCGAGCGUGCGAGUUUGUGGAAGGUUUUGUAAAUGAACUUCUAGAAGUCAUGAGGAGAACUAGCGAUAAAGAAACUGACAUGCAAAUUGAAGACUUUGUUGGUGUGGGGAGUUUAUAUGAGCUCUGGGCUACAGGCAAGAGAAUGGUGUGUGAUUUGUAUGUACCCUUUACAGCACCAAGAUCAUAUGGCUUUAACUUUGAAUUCUGGAAAGAUAAGAAUGUUGCCUCACUUGUUGCAGGUUGUGGCAAGAUCAAAGUUAUGAAAAAUGAAAACACUUUCACAGGUUGCCCUUGCAGCAGUGGGAACCUAGAUGAUGAUACAUUGUGUCUUCUUCAUCCCCAUUUUGAAAUGAAGAGUACCAUCGUAGAUGCCAUUGGUGGUCCCCUGUGCCGAGAGAAUACACCUUAUCUUUCUAAAGCACAAGUAGUGAGAUGGUUCAGAACUGCUGUUAGCAAAGCUUGGGGAGAAAUCAGUCACAAGUAUGAGUUUGAGCUAACAUUUAGAAACCAAGCAGCUCCUGGGGCUUUAAAGGUCCGAUUCAGAUCAGGAAAAGCGAUUCUCUUUAAUAUCGUGCCUGUCGUCCAAGUCAAAGGCUCUAAAGUCAAUUUGCUUUCAUAUCUGUCCUCAAACCAAAGUAGCCUCUCAGACAUUGACUGGCCCAUUUCUUUUGCUGGCUGUGAGAAUGCUCUUCUCCAAAAAUUGGAAAAAACUCUUCCCUACAAUUCCUGCCAUAUUAGAUGUCUUCAAAUCCUCUCAUUCCUGCACAAGCAGCAAAUUAGCCUAACAGGAAAAUGUGGGCUUACAAGUUACCACCUAAAGACUACACUGUUAUAUCUGCUCUUAGUAAAAAAGCCCAUAGCAUGGAAAUGUGACCAGUUAGCUGAGAGAUUAAUCGAUAUGCUGACAUUUCUGGAGCAGGGGCUUCAUGCAAGAAAACUCAAUCAUGCUUUAAUUGGGAACCCUCUAGUUCCAAAUGGUAUUGGUCUUCCUGAAGAAUUUCAGCUAGCAAAGCCUACAAACCUUCUCCUGCCACUGGCUUCAAAUACAGAAUCAUAUGUGAAAACAAUCCAACACUUACAGGAGCUGGUGAGAAACGCUCCUGUGCUUAUUCAUGAAUACACGUCCAUGACGAGCUCAACAGAAGAACAAAAGGCAAAAGCUUCUUUCUGAAGAUUUGCCAGAAUUUCCCCACUCAAUUUAAGAAAGUGGCUGUAAUCUGCACUGUAAAAGCCGCAGCGUGAAACAUACCCUAGCCAUUUUAAAGAAAUACAUUCUAAAGCUUAAUUUAGCCAAAAUGUCCACACGUUUGUUCAGUAUUUGUCAGACAUCCAUGCAUGAUGGAUAUCCAGAAAGUGUAACUUGGCGGCAGGGGG